CAACUUUGUAUGCCAUUGAGGAAGUAAGAAGCUUUCUUGAACAUAUAGAGCUACUUGCUGCAGUUGAGGGAGAAGAAAAAGAGAACAGAAAUGGUGUCAUUGAGGCUGCAAAUGAGGCUAGCAGCCAGCUUACUUGCCUGCGGAAUGGGGAAGGUUUGGCUUGAUCCCGAUGAAUCCACCAAUAUCUCCAUGGCCAAUUCAAGGAUGCACAUAAGGAAGCUGAUAAAUGAUGGCUUCAUCAUCAAGAAACCAAACAAAAUCCACUCCCAGUCUCGAGCUAGGCUGAGAAUGGAGGCAAAGAGAAAGGGGAGGCACAGGGGCCACGGGAAACGAAGGGGAACAGGAGAGGCAAGAAUGCCGGGGAAGGUGCUGUGGAUGAGGAGGAUGAGAGUUCUGCGACACCUACUAAGCAAGUAUCGAGAAACUGGCAGGAUUGACAGGCAUCUAUACCAUGAAAUGUACAUGAAGGUGAAGGGCUGUGUGUUCAGGAACAAGCAUGGGUUGAUGGAGAGCAUUCACAAGUUGAAGGCUGAGAAAGCAAGAGAUAUGGCUCUUUCUGAUCAGUUGAAGGCCAAGAAAGCCAACAACAAUGGUGUUUUGGGAGGGAAGAAGACUCAAUGGAAUAGAUCAUAAACAUAAUAAAAUAGGAUGUACAUAUCUGUGUUUUCUGUAUUUGAUGAUUUUGAUUUGAUGAAAGUUUUGUAAGAAAGUGUAACAUCCCGAAAUUUGCAGACAAGUAAUUAAUUUUGGUAUU